GUCGCCAGCGUGUCCAGCUGGUGUAUUCGGUGCUGCGUGGGGGGUUGUGGCUUGCGAUGUCAGGAACGCGUAAGCUUGUAAAUUAUCGUAGGUAAUUUUUAAAUACUCAUUUUUCCCCAAAGUACUUGCAAGUUUAGAGCGCUUCGUUAGUAGCUUCAAGCCGAAACAGUCAUGGCAGGCGACUCGGCGGAUGCAUCGGACAGUAUUUCACCUUUGGUGGGACUGGUGUACAUAUUCAACCUGAUUGUCGGCACAGGGGCACUCACAAUGCCUGCAGCUUUCAAAGAUGCUGGCUGGCUCCUCAGUCUCAUCAUUGUUGUUGUGCUUGCAUUUAUGAGCUACUUGACGACGACAUUUGUGAUUGAGGCCAUGGCUUCAGCCAAUGCACUUGUUCACUGGAAGACGCUGCAGCACUACAAGCGUGUGGUUGAUGAGGAGGAGAGCACCAUCACGCAGGCCAAGCAGGAGGACAUGGUGAACGAACUCAGGACGGAUGACAUCAUCUCCAAGUGUGUAGAUGAGGAUGAACGAGUGCCUCUUCUCUUAAGCAAUGCAGCAGAGCGAAUGGCAGAGUCCUCACACGUCAACUAUUUUGCCAUCACUGAACGCUUCGAGCUGGGCAAGAUGGCGUCCCUCUUUUUCAGCAAAGUGGGUGUGAAUCUCUUCUACAUCUGCAUAGCUGUGUACCUGUAUGGAGACCUGGCCAUAUACGGUGCGGCUAUUUCAAAGUCUGUUCGUGACGUAGCAUGCCAACUACCAGCGACUUCUAUAGAAAACUUAACCACUCCGACCAACAUCUCAAACGAAACUCAUCCAAAUGACCUGCCAUGCUGGAAAAGCUCCACCAUCACACGUGGAAAUGCUUACAGGAUAUUUUUGUUGGCUUUCCUGGGUCUCGUUGGGCCGUUCACCUUCUUCAACGUGCAGAAGACAAAGUACUUGCAAAUCUUCACAACCCUGAUGCGCUGGAUUGCGUUCACCUCGAUGAUCGUGCUGUGUGCUCUGGCCCUCGGCCAGGGUAAAGGUCAGGGCCACCCUGCCCUGGCCGUGCCCACAGGCCUGCCCAACCUGUUUGGGGUGUGCGUCUAUUCGUUCAUGUGCCACCACUCGCUGCCUUCGCUGGUUACCCCGUGGCGGGAGAAGCGCAACCUGUUCCCCCUGCUGGCUGCCGACUACAUGCUCAUCCUGGGCUUCUACACCCUGCUCAGCUUCACUGGCAUCUUCACCUUUCCCGAGCUGCACGACAUGUACACCCUCGACUUCCAGCCGAACAGCGACACGGGCAGCUCGAUCAUUCCACGCAUUCCAGUGCUCCAGUACUUCCUGUCGCUCUUCCCAGUGUUCACGCUAAGCACAAAUUUCCCCAUCAUUGCCAUCACACUCCGCAACAACCUGCGCUCCCUGUUCCUCCGUGAGGAAUCCGCAUCCAGCCAGUUGGGGUUGAAAUCCCGCAGCAUAUCAUCAUCGGGUAGUUCCAUCCAUGUCGGAACACCACCACCACAGUCAUGCAAGCAGAUGCUUGUAGAGCGCUUCAUCUUCCCACUGCUGGCCUUGCUUCCACCAGUUGCCAUUGCUUUAGCCACUGAGAGCGUAGAGUUCUUGGUUGGCUUCACGGGUUCCUACGCUGGUGCCUUCAUCCAGUACAUCAUACCAGUGGCGCUGGUGCAUCGAGCCAGGAAGCAAGUGCUCGAGGCGCUCGGACUCGGUGUCAAAAACCAACAUGCCUCGCCAUUCCGCCAUGGUGCUUGGCUCAUCUUUGUGCUGGUGUGGGCAGUGGCAUGUGUGACACUGGUGACCGUAAACCACAUCAUCAUAAGGGCAUAGCACGCCUUUCCUCCACUGCCACCGCCGGUGGCAUGGCAGCAUCACUGUGUGCAUGUGACCGCAACAGCUUUACCGUGUACAUUGUUCCUCCGACCUGGUCCAAUGUUUGCCACUUCUUGGGACUCUACCGUUGAUACAAGUGCCAGUGAUACCACAGUUUCCUGUUCGUGCACCACAUGCACUGCCAUGUGCUUCCACCAGCUGUGUAGUGUGCAGCGCAAGGUGGGAGUUCUUGGGGUCUUGAUUGGUUCAUACCCCUUUGUUAACUUGCAGCCCAGUCUCAGCAUUGUUGGAUUUCGAUGAAAACAUUAGUGCCCAAGCCGCUAUCCUAAAUCUUGCUCUUGGAGUGCAUUUUCAUGAACCUGGUUCAGCAGAGCACACAGCUGGUGGCGCAGCUAGACCACUGGUGAAUAUCGCAGUGGCACUGUGACCCUGCAUAAUCCUUCAGUCACUGCAUAACCUGCAGAACCGUUAAUAGGCAUUGGUACUUCGUGGUGAGCUACCUCACGUCAACACAUUCCCUGAGUUGCAUCACCUAUGGCCUUGACACUUUGCCUCUGCUGCUGUUGCUGCUGCAUUUUGGUCAAUGAGCACUUCAUGUGCAUACAUUGCCAGGUUCAUUACUGCAGGCAUGUGGAACUGCUGCAAAUGCACAGCUGGUGCUGAACUUUCAAUCUGUUAGUGCUUUGCCAAGAGAUUUUGCCAAGUUCAAGCACUACCAAAGAUUUCGGUUUUCAUUUAUUUUCGAUUUCUGAUUGUAAAGCAACAAUAAGUUCAAUUGUGGACUAGCACAAGCAUUGACAGAUUUGUUUACUUAUAUGGGCAACCUAAAUGUGAGGAAAGUUGUGUUCAGACUUGCAGCAAAAGCAGGGCACAUCUGCACUUGGUAUUCAGCCUGCAUGAUGCACCAGUAGAUGUGCAGCACUGUUGGCGUUUAUGUGACAUAAAAUUCAGUGUGCUAAAUGUGAGCAGCCAUUGCAAAAUGUUGUUCCAGUGUUUAGAUAAAAUGGUACAUUCACACUGAGCUCUCCCCUGGUUUAAUGGACCUGUUUAUAUUUUACUCAGAUUAUCGAUGAAGCUGCCUCUUUUGUGUUCCAGCCUUUGAACAUAUUUCUCCAGAACAUUGAACAUGUUGGGUAUGGUGAUCAACCAGACCAGUGUAGGCCUUGUGUCACUAACUGUGGUCCUCUGCUUAAGUCUUCCAUGCUCUGCAACUUGCAUUUGCCUACCAUUUGCACUGGUUGGCACCAAUAAUUGUUCAGUAUGCUCUUGGCCAUGAAACUCACUCGCAAAUUGAGCGCGAUUAUGAUCCUGUACUCUGAAGGAGUGUUCCUCAUCGCAGCACAAGCAGCAUGUCUUCAGUUAGAGAAAGAAGGCACACCCCUGGCACUACUAGUAUGUUCUCAGCCAAUCACCUUUAGGCAUACUUUCACCUUCAUGUUUUGUAGUGCCCAGCAUGACUUGUAUAUGGACAUUUAAUGACAGCAUGACUGUUUUGCUGCUUGUCCGUUCAGUGUGUUGGGUAACACAAUGUGGCUAUAAUACUGAUGGGGGAAGUGCAGAUGGCGGCAAGCGUUAGUUGCAUGCAUUCUUUUAGUGAAAGUGAUUACUGAGAGUGUCGUUGUGCUUCUUUCUAGCUUUCACAGUUUACUGCACCUGUUUUACAUCUUCUUGAACACUGCAAUUGUUCAACUCUUUGGUUCACGUGGCAUUGACUGUUGUAAAGGUUAGUCCUUGCUGUAUGUGUUGCCCUAUGCACUACAAUAGGUGCACUGGCCAACCUCCAUGCACUGCUGAUGCAGUUGCAUUUAUUCUCCAUUUUAUUGUAGAUUAAUUUGGGACACAAAUUGUUAAGCAGUGAAACAAUGCACACCGUUACAGCCCCCUCUAUAUUGGAUAUGUAGACAGCAGUUCCAUGCACGAAUUGGAGCAGCAACAUUCAUUCACAGCAUGCACCCGCCAGCAAAAGAAGGCAGACCAUGGGUCCCUCAAAAAAUCAUGUAAGCUUUUCACAGUAUAGGUGCGUAAUGUAAAAGGUAUUGGUUCAGACUUUUACUUUCAAUGCCAGACUGCAUGCCUAGAAGGCAAAGAAAUUCAGGUUUACCACUUUGCCUAUGUUCCUUAUGCCUUUGCCUGGUGUGGUUUCAUAUCUGCAAUUGUCGCAAGGUAUAAAACUCUCCUAGUUAAGUACCGGGGGAAAUCUUUGGAACAUUCUACCUUGUAUGAAAAGUUUUACUAUUCUGGAGAGGUGAAGGAUCGGUGUUGGGAUUGAUUGUGUACCUGAAGUUGGCCCCACAGUCCUUGUAUAUUUACUUUUGUGGACAACUUAGUUGCUUCUUGAUGUACAUUCUGUGAAACAAUUUUGACAGCUACAUGCUCUCAUUUUUAACUAUAGAUUUCAUCAGUUAGCUUUUACUGCUUGUUGGAUUGCAAGUAUGGCAUAGACAUUUUUCGCUUUUAGCAGUACCUGCAAUUCUGCAGGCAUAGGCACAAGUAAACAAAAAGGUACAAUUUAAGGUCUGAGUCUUCUAUACAAAAUACUAACUUAUAUUUGUUGCAUAUAUGCUCUCGUUUCAUGUCUGUUAAAAUGUUUGCUGCAGGGAUGUUGGCAUGGCUGCUUAAUGACUGUGGCUUACUGUGGGUAAUCUUAAGAUUGUUUUGUUUUGCAGUAUUAUGUUAGUUUUAUAUUGGGUUUUAGCUUGCCGCCGCCGUCAAGUGCACAUCGUCAGUUUUCACUUUUUCAAAUAACAUCAUAAUUUAGGUAAACUCCAGCUGGUCUCCUUUGGUGGGGCACAGUUUCUGCAGAUGCAAAUUCACAAUAUUGCAGCUGAGAAUUUUCUAUGAAAUGGCAUAGAAAACUAGAGUGGCUUUUUUUAUUAGUAGUUCUUAGCUCUUUUGCCAUUUUUGAUUGUAGAUGUAAAGGGUAUGAUGUGGAAUACGACUGAAUCCUGUGUGUUGCUGCAUGGGACACGGUUGUGCACAUUUCAUACCAUGAUAAUCGGAAUGAUGGGACCACUAAUUUUAAUCUCUGAACUUGUGGUAUCUAUUUCCGUGUGUUGAACUGCAUACUUUCUUUCUUUUCUUGUUUUAAUUGCCAACAAUGUGCAAUUCCGUCCAAAGCAGUUGUCAUCUCGGUGACUCCCUUGUCAUCUGCAAGAAUGAACGGGCAGUUUGCAGCCAUUCCACACUACAGUCAUUCAAACUUCAUCAAUGUCUGCACAUUCAUUGUGGUCAGUGUUGACAAACUACCCGCAUACCUCUUUGCGUUUCUUUUUGUCUGAUUAGUUUAGUUUAUGCAUGUCACUGGUGUCUGUAGCAAAUUAAUCGCUGUUCAAAUGCUUAGAAUAUGUCCCCACUGUACAAAGUGACUAUAUUUGCCAAGAAGUGGCAUCCUGCCUUCAAAUCUGUGGAUGAUCACAUGCUCGGAAUAUUUUUGUACUAAUGAUGGCUUUGUCUUGUUCUUGGCUUGAAUUUUGAACAUCUGAGUUAUCCGAUUUGGCAGUCUCCUGUUAGGCCUUUUGUGAUGUGCACAUGCUAUGUUUAUUGUAUUUCGUUCACUAUUGCAAGUUCCCAUCUUUUUCAGUUACUAAUUUUAGUCCAGUGGACUUUUCUGUGGUGCAACCCUGUCUAGUCAUACAAACAUCAAAUGUUAUGAUAGUCCCCCCCUCCCCCCUCUCUUUUUAUUUUAACCCUACUAAGCUGAGUACAUGAAACACAGGAAUUUUUCUGCUUUCUAACUCAGAUAUUUUAUUUGUCAAUCGUGUAGAGUCUGCUCGUUAAGCUUUCCUAUUGGCGAUUGUGCGUGUUUAUUUUGCUGUUGCCAUUACUGAAGGGAAUAAGGCUCUGUAUAAUUUCACCGGCCACAACCCUCCUACUCAUUUACUCUAGAAUUAAACUGGUUUGAAUUGAACAUGUUACUUUCCAUGUGUUUACAGUUGUGUUAUAUGCAGGGCUGUUUUCCGUCUUAGCUAUGAACGAGUAAUAAAUUGUAUUUUCGAAUA